GGCGACGUCGGCGUGCUGGCGGAGUGCACCACCUGGAAGACCUACAACGUGGGCGUGCUCAUGGCCUCGCGCCUCGACUCGCCCUUCGACCUGGAGCGGUGCGGGCCGGCCGUGGACCUGGCGCUCGAGGUGGUCAACGAGCAGUACGUCAAGCACCACUGCGUGCGGCUCAACAAGGUCCAGAAGAGCUACCCGUCCUGCUCCGGGGCCGUGGCUCCGGGGCUGUCCGCCGACCUGCACUUCCAGCAGAACGCCAUCGCCUUCAUCGGCCCGGCCUGCGCCUUCGCGCUGGAGCCCGUGGCGCGGCUUGCCGCCUACUGGAACACGCCCAUCAUCACCGGCAUGGGCGACCAGCCACCAUCCGAAGGAGAAUUGUCCGUGACGUCGGGCAUCCUGAGUCGACUUCACAAGCUUCACAAAGCCAGAAACGGGACGUCAGUCAGGGGCAUGUUCCAGAACAAGACGGCGUACCCCACGCUGACGCGGAUGUCGUACUGCCAGUGCCGCCUGGUGCAGGUCUUCGCCGCCAUCUUCCACCAGUUCGCCUGGCGGCACGUCGCGCUCAUCCUGGACAAGUCGGACCUCUUCUCCCUCACAGUCGGGAAGAACCUGGAGCACGGGCUGAGGAAGGCGGGGCUGCUCAAGUACGUCCGCGAGCUGGACGGCAACGAGGAGGACGGCAUCGAGGGCUACCUCACGGACGCCAGCAUGUACGCCAGGGUGGUCAUCCUGAGCGUGCGCGGCGUGCUCAAGAGGCGGUUCAUGCUCACGGCCCACUCCAUGGGCAUGACGACGGGGGGCUGGACCUUCCUGGACGUCGACAUCUUCCACGGUUCCUUCUGGGGCGACCGCGGCUGGAUGUGGAACGAGUCGACGGACCUGGACGCGCGACACGCCUACGAGGCGCUGCUGCGCGUGUCGCUGCUCGUGCCCACCUCCAAGGGCUUCACCGAGUUCGCCGACCGGGUGCGGCAGCGCGCGUUCGAGCACUACAACUACAACUUCAGCGCGGAGGAGGAGGUCAACUUCUUCAUCGGCGCCUUCUACGACGGCGUGGUGCUGCUGGGCAUGGCGCUGAACGAGACGCUGGCCGAGGGCGGCGACAUCACGGACGGCCAGGCCGUCACCCGCCGCAUGUGGAACCGCGAGUUUGAGGGCAUCACGGGGCACGUCCGCAUCGACGACAGCGGGGACCGCGACGCCGACUACUCUGUGCUGGACCUGGACCCCAUCACGGGCCGCUUCGAGGAGGUGGCGCACUACAGCGGGCUCACCAAGAACUACACGCCGCUGCAGGGCAAGCAGAUCCACUGGCCGGGCGGCAAGGUGGGGCCGCCGCCCGACGUGCCGCCCUGCGGCUUCCUCAAGCAGUGCAGCUCCUCGGAGCCCAGCCUGCUCCUCACCGCCGCCGUGCUGGCCGUGUGCGUGCUGCUGGCGGGCGGCGUCACCGUGGCCUGCGUGGCCUACAGGCGCAUGAAGGAGGCGGCCGACCUGCACAACAUGUCCUGGCGGGUGCGGCCCGAGGAGGUGCUGCUGGAGGUGGGCAAGACGUUCUCCUCCAGGCUGGGGCUGCAGAAGAACUCGGAGAUGUUCGAGCCGGGCCUGGAGAGGCUUCACUGCCGCCGCUGCUCCGCCGAGUCGGGCACGUCGCUGCCGCCCGCGCAAGUGUUUACCACCAUCGGCAUCUACAAGGGCUCGCGCGUGGCCAUCAAGAAGAUCACCAAGACGCGCGUGGACAUCACCAAGAAGCUGCUGUGGGAGGUGAAGCUGGUGCGGGACAUCAGCCACGAGAACGCAGUGCGCUUCGUGGGCGCGUGCGUGCAGGCCCCGGCCGUCAUCAUCCUCACCGAGUACUGCCCCAAGGGCUCGCUGCGCGAUGUGCUGGAGAACGACGCCCUCAAGCUGGACUGGAACCUCCGCAUGUCGCUCAUCCACGACCUGGUCAAAGGCAUGGUGUACCUGCACACCAGCGAGCUGGGCGCGCACGGCAAGCUCCGGUCCGGCAACUGUCUCAUCGACUCGCGCUUCGUGCUCAAAGUGUCGGACUUCGGACUCGCCACGCUCACCGCGCCGGCGGAGGUCAUCAAGGACCAGGCGCACUACACGAAGCUGCUGUGGAUCGCGCCUGAGCUGCUGCCCCUGACGGAGGUCCCGGGGACGCCGUCGUCCCAGAAGGGCGACGUGUACAGCUUCGGCGUCAUCCUGGAGGAGAUCGUCACCCGCGCCGGGCCCUUCGAGAACGCCCGCCAGCUGCUGUCCCCACAAGAGGUGGUGGUGCGCGUGCAGGCCCGGGAGUGCCCGCCGCUGCGGCCGCUGGUGUCGGCGGGCCGCGACUGCCCCGAGGCGCUGCUCGACCUCAUGGAGCGCUGCUGGGCGGACGCCGCCGACGACCGGCCGUCGUUCGAGGCCAUCCGCGGGGAGGUGCGCCGCAUCAUGAAGGGCUACUGCGAGAACCUGAUGGACGACCUGCUGCGCCGCAUGGAGCAGUACGCCACCAACCUGGAGGCGCUGGUGGAGGAGAAGACGGCGCAGCUCAGCCAGGAGAAGCGGCGCUCCGAGGAGCUGCUCUACCAAGUGCUGCCCAGGCCGGUGGCCCAGCAGCUCAUGGCUGGGGAGAUGGUGCGGCCCGAGCAGUUCGAGUGCGUCACCGUCUACUUCAGCGACAUCGUCGGCUUCACCGCCCUGUGCGCCGAGAGCACGCCCAUCCAGGUGGUCGACUUCCUCAACGACCUGUACAGCACGUUCGACCGCAUCAUCGGCGCCUACGACGUGUACAAGGUGGAGACGAUCGGUGACGCCUACAUGGUGGUGUCCGGGCUGCCGGAGCGCAACGGCGACCAGCACGCCCGCGAGAUCGCCCUGAUGGCCCUGGCCAUCCUGGACGCGGUGCGCACCUUCCAGAUCCAGCACCGGCCCGACCAGCAGCUCGCCGUGCGCAUCGGGGUGCACUCCGGCCCCGUGUGCGCCGGCGUGGUCGGCCAGAAGAUGCCGCACCUCUGCCUGUUCGGCGACACCGUCAACACCGCCUCGCGCAUGGAGUCCACCGGGCAACCGCAGAGGAUCCACGUGUCGGACGCGGCGCGCCACCUGCUGGACAAGCUGGGCAGCUUCCGCCUGGAGGAGCGCGGCAUCGUGGAGCUCAAGGGCAAGGGCCGCGUGCGCUCGCACUGGCUGCUGGGCUGCACCGAGUCCGACCCCCGCGCCGAGGCCGCGCUGGCCGUGGACACGCCCCCGCAGCCCGUGUGCCACUGCGGCGGCGAGGUCCCCGACCCGAGCAACCCCUACCCGCUGCUGUUCCCCGCGCUGUCCUCCUCCAAGUAGACGGCCGUCCUCGUCCUCGCGACGCGGCCCGCGCGGGUUGCCAGGUCCUGGCUGGCCAGGUCUGACUGCUUGCCGGCCGCGGGGCGUGGCGGGGCGUGGCGGGGCGUGGCGGGGCGUGUCAAGGCGAGGCGGCCCGGGAAGACAGAAGCUCGUGGCGCAAGACGGCCGGCCACGCCACGACAAACUGAGCCGCUAAAGCACACUCCGGGGACGCACCGAGGAGGUGACCGACGAGCUGCAAGGAGGUGGCCGCAGAAGGCAGAACCCACCGCGCCGCCUUCCAGCAGCCCAGCAGGGGACGCCACACGCCGAGCGCAGAGCCGCAGUGGCUUCGUUCCACUUCGUUCGCUUCCUUUUCUAACCGCGGGCGCGCGUGCCGUUGCCGAGUAGCGUGUAGCGUGUAGAUUUUCACACGACGAAUCCGUUCUUUUUUUGUUUCCCAUAUUCAUUAGUGUCGUCAUUUCACUCACUCCAUGACGUGUCCGGCGAAAAGUAAUGCUCCAUUGCUUUGAUUUACUCGUUUUACUGUGAUAUGAUUUCAUGUUUGCGUUUUGUUUUUGUUUUCUCAUCCCCAUCUUUGUUUUGUUUGUGUGUCCACCACCCGCCCCCACGUGCCGGGAGGGCCACGGCAGCUUCGUUUCAUGUAUUUAUCAACUCGUCACUUAAUUUAUUGUUUUUGUUUUAUGUGUAAAAAUGUGAUUUUCUCCAAAGAUGGUUCGUGAUAAGCCAUAUUUUUUUGUCACACAGCAAAUGCCAUUUAUGUAGUAGCUUGUCUAGAUGUACGCGUCAAUUAACUUUAUCGGUAACACUAGGAACAAUUGUGACCCCUAAUUCACCGAAUCUUCGGAAUCCUAGCUCUGGUGCUGUUAGCAGCACCGAAACCUACAUAGAUAAGAUUGCCAGUGUACUGGAACUAGUUUUCUGGAGAAGCCCAGUCUUGCUAUAUUUUUCUGUCGUCUUAGAUCGUGAACAAACUAACGACCUUUUGUUUCUGUAAAGUUAAUCGCCCAAAUGAAAGACAUUCCUGAGAGGAGAGCUUUGUUUUGUUCAAUGUUUAUUAGAAAAAAAUAAAAAGCGAAGAAUGAAUGACA